AUGGAUCUGUUCGGCGAUGAGACAAAGGAGGACAAUAAAGUAGCAGCUGAGCGUGCAGCUGCCAAGCCUGCAAAGAAGAAAGAAAGUGGCAAGUCCUCUGUCCUCAUGGACAUCAGGCCAUGGAACGAUCAGACUGACAUGAAGAAGUUGGAGGAGGCUGUCUGCAGUGUUCAAAUGGAGGGUCUCACCUGGGGUGCAUCUAAGCUUAUGCCUGUGGGUUACGGCAUCAAGAAGCUCCAGUUCGAUAAAUUUUACACACUGAUCAUCGACGACCUCGUGUGUGUCGAGACUCUUAUUGAGGAAGUGCUCUGCGAGGUCGCCGGGUCGCAGGUGGCUCUUAUCUGA